AUGAUUCUCUACAAAGAACUUUAUUUCCGUGACAUAUAUGCCAGAGUGCCUGGUGGUCCUAAACCUGAGCAAAGGUUUUUGUCAUUCUACAAUUACUGUGACCUGUUCAACUACAUCUUGUCUGCGGAAACACCUGUUCCCCUAGAGUUACCUGACCAGUGGCUUUGGGAGCUCAUUGAUGAAUUUGUGUACCAAUUUCAAUCCUUUGCUCAAUACAGGUCACGUACAUCAAAGUUAAGUCAAGCUGAAAUUGAAGCUCUUAAUACAGAGAACAAGGCAUGGAAUGUUCUUUGCAUUCUUAAUGUGCUACACUCUCUGGUUGAUAAAUCUAACAUCAAGCGCCAACUUGAGGUUUAUGUGACUGGUGGGGAUCCAGAUUCCGUAGCUGGUGAAUUUGGACGCCAUUCUCUUUAUAAGAUGCUUGGCUAUUUCUCCUUAGUUGGUUUGCUGCGUCUGCAUUCUUUACUCGGAGACUAUUACCAAGCUAUAAAGGUGCUUGAAAAUAUAGAGCUCCACAAAAAGUCUCAGUACUCCCAUGUACCGGCGUGCCAGAUAUCCACAUCAUAUUAUGUGGGUUUUGCAUAUAUGAUGAUGCGUCGUUACGCAGAUGCUAUCCGCACUCUGUCUUCAGCCCUGCUGUACAUGCAACGCACUAAGCAAUUGUUCUCAACGCGUUCAUACCAGAAUGAUCAAAUCAAUAAGCAGACUGAGCAAAUGUAUCAUCUGUUGGCCAUCUGUUUGGUGCUACAUCCUCAGUGUGUUGAUGAGUCUAUACAGCAGGUACUUCGUGAAAAGAAUUACCACGAGAAGAUGUUCAAGAUGCAGUAUGGUGAUCUUGGAGAAUUCGAAAGCUGCUUUACAUUUGCAUGCCCAAAAUUCUUGUCGCCCUGCCCACCGCCCAUCGAGCCUGGCUCCAACUACGGCAAGGAUGCUGUUAAGCAUCAGACUCAAGUUUUCAUGGAUGAAGUCCGUCAACAAAAAAUGCUGCCAACGAUUCGCUCGUAUCUCAAGCUGUACACCACGCUACCACUGGCAAAGCUGGCAGCCUUCAUGUCUGCGGCGCGUGGAGGCGGUGAGCGUGAUGCGGCGCGCGAGCACGCAGCUCUCGCCAUCCACCUGCUGUGCUUCAAGCACAAGAUGAAGAACGUUGUCUGGACUAAAGGACCGAGCGGGCUCGACGGAAAGUUCCAGAGCGGAUCUGAGCUGGAUUUCUACAUCGAUAAUGACAUGAUUCACAUUGCUGACACAAAAGUUGCGCAUCGUUAUGGUGACUUCUUUAUUCGUAAACUUCUUAAGUUUGAAGAACUGAACCGAAAAUUGCAUCAUAUUAAAAUAUAAAUAUCAUUUGUAAUAUGUGUAACAUAACAUUUUUAUCAAAAUAAAAGUUAAUAAUA